AUGAGGAAACCACUCUUGGUUCGCUGGAGCAUAGCCUUCCUCGUUGUGGACUGUUUCAGAAAUGUGUGGACGGCUGGUAUUCACCCCUCCGCGGAGGCCUCGCGACCCAACAGUAGAAGUAACGAAGGGAACGCCGCCUGUGAAUUUGGCUGCGCCCAAACUGAGCCUGGGCAUCUCCCAAAUGAAGGGGGAAAUUCUAAGUUUAGGUGCCCAUUUCCAGUUUGCGUGAUGCAGGGGUCGCCUCAGCUGCAGCUGUGGAGGCUUCAUGGCGCACGUGCACAGCGCGUUGUCGUCGGUUCGGAUAUUGACGACACACUGAUCUCCUCUGGUGGUUGGAUGUUCGGCAGCUCUUAUUUGGGCGGAGUAGAUUCACGGUAUCCCCGUGGAGCAAGUUACCCAGGGCUAAGUGUGUUGAUGUACCUUCUCUCACUUGGCCCGCACGAUCCAGCUGCACCGACGACUCACAAAACAGCACCGCCUACACCCAUGCCGAAACAGGAUCCGCUGCCUCUCGCCCUCAUUAGCGCCCGACCUAGUAUUCCCCUCUUCAGGCCGUCGAUGCUAUAUCAACAUAUGUCUGCCAUAUGCGCAAAUGGAGCAAGGCAGGCUACAGGAGAUCCGAAGGCCACCUGGAAGGCCGGGAACGAAAACAGGGUUAUGCUAUCGUCACUGCGAAGCGAAGCCUUACUUGCAGAAGAAAAACUUGAUUUUUUGUUGAACUUGAGCGCCUCGAACGAGGCCAACGGGGUACAUGAGAACGACGAUGGGCAUGUAGGAUCUGACGACACCGUCCUUGUAUUCUUUGGCGACACAGUUUAUGCCACUGCUACAAGGCGAAAUCGUGUGCAUUUCAGGGAUAUCGAAACUAUGAUUGGAAUGGCGGUAAUAGGAGGUCGAUUUAUUGGGGGAUUUCUUCAUCUGGUGCACGCCGGGGAGGAAGGGCCGGUUCCCUUUGCCAGGAAUAGUCGUACACGCAAGAUGAUUGAAGGCAUUCAGAAAUUUGGAAUAGAGGGUCGGGUUUUGGAGGCAGUGCAGCUUGCGUUCAGUGUGCGCAUGACUCGUAAAGAGUCGUCCCCUGAUCAAUCAUGUGAUUGCAAACAGUUGAGCCGGAGUGAGGCCUUUGCGGUGGCAACACUGAUUGGGGAUAAGGUGCGCGACCUGUUGCGCCUGUAUUCGGUCCGCUGGGUGAGAAGCAGGGAUACCUUCAAGGCCAGCAAUUACGCAGACCCCAUUGUGCCGGUAAUUUUCAUUAAAUGCCACCGAGUGUACAUGAAGCAGGCCAAGCAAAUUCCACUGACGGCAAGCCGGCGCUUGCUGUCUUCUGGUGCGGAAGUUAGCGUUCACUUCCGAGCACGUGCGCCUGUCGAUCCACAAGACCUCGGUGUCCCCAUAAUGCCCUAUCGUACUGCGGUGGCUGCCUCCACCCAAGCUCUUGUCCUUGGUCUAAUAAGUCAUCAGGAGGCAGUCAGAGUCGCGCAAACGCUGCGUGCGCAGGGCCCGAUAACGCAUUCGGAUUGGCUGCCAGCCUUACUGGAUCACUUUUAUGAAGCGCGGGCACUUUUGUGGGUACUGCAAGCACCGUACAGGUUGGAAACUGACAUGGAUUUGAUGCACAAACGAAUGCAGGCACUGGUUACAGAGCUCGCCUCUUUGGUGGUCCGCUCCCAGAGCGUCGCUCAAGCUCCUCUUCGGGACGAGGAGUGCGCGGAGCAUUGGCAAAAGCGACUACACAGUGACGUGCCAUUCCAGUGGGAGUUUCAAGCCUUUUCCAGGAUGUUCAUCCUGUUCUUCUGCAAAUUUGACCUGCAGAUCAAUAAUCUCCAGGACGCCGGUGCGGAAGAAGUUGAACACCUGGCAUCCGCACUGGGCCAGGCUGUUCUGGAAGGGCUGGCCAUAUGUUCUGAACUAGUCGAGCUUACGGGAGAGGACAAAUUGCCAGAGACUGUCUUUGACGGAAUCAACGUUUCUCCGCCAGACUAUGAUAUAGAGAAGGACAGCUCUGAACAAUGCACAUGGAGGGGGAGGUCACCUACCAACUCGCCAUCGUCGUCGAGUGGCGGGCCUCUGGGGCCACACUGCCCUUGCGACUGCACGCAUUCGACCUUGUGCUUCCCCCCCCCAGCGAGAGAACAACUGGAGACACUUUUAGGUGAAGACGCAAAAGGUGGAUUUAUAAGCAAACCUCUCGCUCACUUUCCCACCUACGUUAUUGACCAGUCGGGUGCUGCUUGGAGUGAAUUAGCAGAGGCGUUAAAAUUCGCUCAGCAGUGCAUGAUUUGGGCGUCCGAAAAAGAUGAUUUUGAUGUUGGUACAGCCAGCGGGUUUGGCCCAACUGAAGUGCUUAAAACCAAUGAAUAG